AUGGCAAAACAUGCAGGCUCCUAUCGUCUCCUCUCAUGUCUCUUUGCCUUGUUUGUGAGUUUAGCCUCAUCAGCCAAAGAUGAUCAAGACAAACAGGUAUAUAUAGUAUACAUGGGUGCACUUCCUACUCGUGCUGACUACAUGCCAAUGUCCCACCACGCUAAUCUUCUUCAAGAGGUCACCGGAGAGAGUUCCAUAGAGAAUAGAUUGGUUAGGAGUUAUAAACGGAGUUUCAAUGGAUUUGCGGCCCAGCUAACUGAAUCCGAAAGAGAGAUUCUAGCUAGUAUGGAUGAAGUUGUGUCAGUGUUCCCUAGCAAGAAACUGAAGCUCCAAACGACAGCGUCUUGGGAUUUCAUGGGUCUCAAGAAAGGUAAAGGAGCAAAACGAAACCAUAUCAUCGAGAGCAAUACGAUCAUCGGUGUCAUCGACAGUGGAAUCUACCCGGAAUCCGACAGCUUCAGUGGCAAAGGCUUUGGUCCUCCUCCUAAGAAAUGGAAAGGUGUUUGCGAAGGCGGCCACAACUUUUCUUGCAACAACAAGCUUAUUGGAGCUAGGUACUACACACCAAAAACAGGUGAUUAUCCUCCAUCGGCAACGGACAACAUGGGGCAUGGUUCGCACACAGCGUCUACGGCAGCUGGAAACGUUGUGGAGGGCGUGAGCUUUUACGGACUAGGCAAUGGAACCGCGAGAGGAGGCGUUCCAGCCGCAAGAAUAGCGGUUUAUAAAGUAUGUGAGGCCGGCGUCGCAGGGUGCAAUAGCGACGGAAUUCUAUCCGCAUUCGAUGAUGCGAUAGGUGACAACGUCGACGUCGUAACCAUCUCCAUCGGUAACGAUUACGGUAUGCUGUUCGAGAUGGACCCGAUCGCUAUCGGGGCUUUCCAUGCCAUGGCCAAGGGAAUCCUUACGGUGAAUUCCGCUGGAAACGAUGGUCCACAAGUUAGGACGGUCGCGAGCAUUGCCCCGUGGAUAUUCACCGUUGCAGCUAGUAAUACGAACCGCGCUUUCCGCACCAAAGUUGUUCUCGGAGACGGCACAACAGUUGUCGGAAGAUCGGUGAAUUCUUUUGAUCUUAAUGGAACAAAAUAUCCUCUAGUGUACGGAGAAUCAGCAGCUACAAGUCGUUGCGAUGCUGCUUCCGCUGGGUUCUGCUCAGUAGGAUGUCUAGACAGGAAACGAGUCAGUGGAAAGAUUGUGCUGUGCGAUUCCGCGCGUACUCCUGAGGAAGCUAUGUAUAUGGGAGCCGUUGCGUCAAUUGUCAGGAGCAGCACUGCGGACGUUGCGUCUGUAUUUCCUUUCCCAGUCUCUGUUCUAUCGAAAGCCGACUAUGACGUCGUCCUCUCGUAUAUGAACUCCACAAAAAUUCCCAAAGCGGCUGUUUUGAGAAGUGAGACGAUCUUUAACCAGAAAGCUCCUGUGAUUGCUUCCUACUCUUCUCGUGGUCCCAACACAAUCAUUCCUGAUAUUUUAAAGCCGGAUAUAACAGCGCCGGGAUCAGAGAUCCUCGCUGCUUAUCCUCCUGAUAUUCAACCGAGUCAAUCAGACCCAAGACAUGUGAAGUACUCUGUUCUUGCUGGAACUUCAAUGUCAUGUCCGCACGUUGCUGGUGUAGCCGCCUACCUCAAAACCUUUCACCCUCGCUGGUCUCCUUCCAUGAUUCAAUCCGCCAUCAUGACUACCGCUUGGGCAAUGAAUGCAUCUACUUCUCCGAGCAACGAGAUGGCCGAGUUUGCUUACGGAGCGGGCCAUGUCGAUCCGGUAGCCGCAAUUCAUCCUGGACUUGUCUAUGAAACUAUUAAAUCCGACCACAUUGCAUUUCUCUGCGGCCUGAACUACACCGGCAAGAACUUAAGACUCAUAUCCGGUGGUAGCAGCAAUUGUACUAAGGAACAGACGAAAUCUUUUCCCCGAAACCUAAACUAUCCUUCCAUGACUGCUCAAGUCCCGGCCACAACACCCUUCAAAGUUACUUUCAGAAGGAGAGUCACGAACGUCGGAAUGUCUAACACUACUUACAAAGCAAAAAUAGUUGGAUCUACACUCAAAGUCAAGGUUGUUCCGGGUGUCUUGCCUUUUAAGUCGUUGCGCGAGAAGAAGUCUUUCACGGUGACCGUUUCAGGCAAAGGCCCCGAAGCUGAAAAACUUGUGUCUUCACAUCUGAUCUGGUCUGAUGGCUUCCACUUUGUUAGGAGCCCCAUCGUUGUUUACGCCGCAAACUGAUUUGGUAGAAACAGUUUCUGUCUCUAUAUGUUAUAGACGAUUAUGAUUGUUAAUUCUUGCUGUUCAUGCCGUUUUUGUUUUUUAUGAUGAUUUUUUUUUAUUUUGAAUUUAUGAUGUUUCUGUCUU